GUGCCUGACCGCUUGCCCGUUUGUGACCUCUUCAAGUUUGAUUACGUACUAUUGACUCUUUCACACAUUCUCAGCUGUCAAAUCUUUGAAGUAAAUUAUCAUAUUGGACAAUUCGCGUUGUUUUGCACGCGAUAUAGGCAGCUGCCAUUCUCUCAACUACUUUCUGUUGGCUACCUUAAGCACUUGGUAUUACGUGAUCAUUAACCAGUGACAUAUCUCAGUGCUCAGAGUAAUUGCGGGGUGACGUCAGAUGCUGAAUACCAAUCCAAGCCACUGCUCGUUUAUCGCGCAAUAAGCGCUCUCAAAUCGACACCGAGUAUCACGGGGAUAUCGGACCAAUAUAUAUAUACCUUUGACGCGCUAUCAAGCAUGGCUUCCAAUGUCGAUCCUGCGAUCAUAGAGGCCUUGGGGCUGGACCCCAACACGACGAAGAUCACUUCCCAUGGAGGGUCAGGCUUUGCGGCAACCUUUAAGCUGAGCUCGACCGUCAAUGGUAAAGAUAUCAACUAUUUCGUGAAGACUGGGACCGGAGAAGAUGCCGCAUUGAUGUUCCAGGGCGAGCACGAAUCUCUUAAUGCCAUAUCCAAGGUCGUCCCGGGCUUUUGCCCCAGAUCUUAUGCCCAUGGCCCCUUUAGGGAUAGCCAGAAUAAACACUUCAUGGCCACCGACUUUCUAGACCUCAACUCGUCUGCACCAGGCGGUUCAGGUGAGACGCUAGCUCGCAAGCUAGCCCGCCUGCACACAACACCUGCGCCAAUUCCCGAAGGCUUCGACAAGCGCAUGUACGGUUUUCCUGUAACCACCUGCUGUGGAGCAUCCCCCCAGAAAAACGACUGGAAGUCAUCUUGGGCUGACUUUUACGCCAACAACCGAUUACGCGCCAUUCUUGGCAGCGGUAUCAAGAAUAAUGGUGUCGAUGCGGAGCUUUCCGAGGCUGUGGAGAAGACUGCCGACGUGGUCGUCCCACGGUUACUUGGGGAUGACCAUCUGAAGGGCGUGCAGCCCGUGGUAAUCCAUGGAGACUUAUGGAGUGGAAACCACGGGCGGGGGCGGAUCGCGGGCAAGGGGGGCGUGGAGGAGGUUGUCUUCGACCCCUCGUGCGUCUAUGGACAUUCGGAAUAUGAGCUUGGGAUAAUGCGAAUGUUUGGGGGCUUUGGCGGUAAUUUUUGGAAAGAAUAUGAGAGCUUGGUACCGAAAGCCGAGCCCAAAGAGGAGUGGGAAGAUCGCGUUGCCCUGUAUGAGUUAUAUCAUCAUUUAAACCACUGGUCGCUGUUUGGCGGAGGUUAUAGGAGCGGCGCAAUGUCCAUCAUGAAAAAGCUUCAUUCAAAGUAUACAUAGAAGUGUAUUUGGGAGUUACGUUUGGUUGAUUGCUGUGUAUAAGUAACUAUUUUGACUCCGAUGUCUUCAACAGCCUGGGUUAUAGUCGGCGCGUUGAGUUGCCUAAUAACGUAUUUCUAAUAAGCAAGGAAAAUCUCAUGUCUUAUGAUACUUAUGAUACCUCGGUUGGGUGAGAAGUGAAUGCUCAUGGUUUGAGAAAUAGUGAGCCGAAUUGAUAGAUAUACCGGGGUAC